GCGGGACAGGUGACUAGAAAAGGGUAAUGCAACAAGCUUCGCAGUCUGUUGUUGACAAGCCAUGUGGAGGGACAAGAUACGUUUUCUGUUACUGGGAUUCUAACCAAGCAACGUCUGUAAAUACUUUUCACGGUGUGUUGUUCAUUCGGUUUAAACGUUACGUACUUCACUUUUUUGGAUAGCCAUUGGGGUCUCUUUUCACGACGUUACUUUUCACAUCGUAUGUCCAGUCCCUUCCCUUUACAUUUGUGGACAUUUUCGCAUUUUUCCCACGCACGUUUUUUUUGUUUACUUUUAAGAACUUGGUGUCGUUCGAAACAAGAUUUUUUUGAGGACUUCUCUGUCAAACUUGUCAAAGCUUUCUGUGUCGUCAUGGAAAGACGCUACAGUCACUCAGCAACGCCAGAGUGCCCACACCCCUUCGUGCACAAACUGAAACUGACCACUGCGCAGCAAAUCAGGGGAAUAGUUCAAGGAUGUUUCCUCUUCCCCAUACGAAUGACUCUGACAGCCCUCAUCUUUCUCAUCAUGUGGCCAUUUGCUCGCCUACGAUUCGCCGGUCUGUCAGAGGAGGAGCGGGCUAAGCCAGUCAGUGGCUGGCGCCGUUGGCUGUUCCACCCCAUCAUUUUCCUGCUCAGCCGAGCGGCUUUCUUCUCUCUCGGGUUCCUGUGGAUCAAGGUCAAAGGUCGCCGGGCAGGGCUGAAGGAGGCGCCGGUGCUGGCCGUGGCACCUCACAGCGGGUUCCUGGACAUGCUGGUUCUGUGUCCGACCCAACUGCCAACUGUGGUGUCGCGCUCUGAGAACACUGGCCUGCCAGUCAUAGGAGCCCUGCUGGAGUUUAACCAGUCUGUGAUAGUGAGCAGAAAAGACCCAGAGUCCAGGAGGAAGUGUGUCACCCACAUCAAAGAGCGGCUCACGUCCAAUGGACACUGGCCUCAGAUGCUGAUGUUCCCAGAAGGCACCACAACCAAUGGCAGUGUGCUCAUCAAGUUCAAACCUGGUGCCUUCCUAGCUGGCGUCCCAGUUCAGCCGGUUCUGCUGCGGUACCCUAACAGACUGGACACAACCCGGUGGACUUACAAAGGGACCAGCUGGAUAGCAGCACUGUGGUACACCACUUCUCAGCUCUACACAAAUGUCACUGUAGAGUACAUGCCAGUUUACACCCCAUCCCAGGAAGAGAAGGCUGACCCCAACCUGUAUGCUGACAAUGUUCAGAAGCUCAUGGCCAAAGCCCUGGAUCUGCCUGCCACAGACUAUGUGAUGGAGGGCCGUGUUCCUGUCAACAAGCUGGGGGGCGUCUCCCUCCCCCUGGAGCCCCCAGCCAGACAGACCCUCUGCUUACUGUACAAGAACGGGUUCAGAGCUGCAGAUGUGGAAUCAGCCCUGGUCAGGAUGAUUGACAGGUGUCAGUCGGAUCAAGGGUGGAUGGUUGGUGAGGACGAGCUGCCGUCCCUUCUGGGGCUGACCGACCGACCGACGGCUGCCAAGAUCUACAGCCUCUACUCCAAGGAUGAGGAGGUGGACCUCAGACAGAUCUAUUUGAGUGUGGCUGCCAUCUCUGGCCUGGUGGGCCUCAAGUCUCUCCUGCACACUGCAGUGACUAUGUUUGACUGUGACGGUGUUGGCAGUCUGAGUGCAGUGGAGCUGUCUGACCUGAUGGGGGCGCUGGUGGGCAUUCGCCAGCACAACACCACAGCGCUGUACACAGAGCUGGCGAGGGGGAGGAGACCCACAGAGGAGGACCUGCUCAGAGUACUGACAUCCCACCCGACCUAUCAGAGGCUUCUAAAUGAGUACCUGCAACCCGAGGAGGCGGGCCCAGUGACGUCAUCCUCUUCCUUGACCAAUGGGGAGCCGAGAGGCAGCAAAAACAACAACAAUGGAGCAGUUUUCACCAACAAGGCUGACUGAGGAUUCCGUAGGCGGGGCUACCCCUAGCUGCUUAGUAUUUGGACGAUAAAGACCUGUUGAAGGCAGCUUUACAAAAACGCUGCUUUACAAGGGUGUGUGUGUGUGUGUCUGUGUGUGUCGAUAAAGUGUGUGUUUCUGUCUGUUUGCUUACCACUGUAAAACAUGGUUUACAAUGCACAUCCUGUGGCUGAUACUUCAUAGUAUCCUGGUGUUCUCUGUGUGAAUGAUCAGUAGACUGUCUGUGUGAAUGAUCAGUUGACUGUCUGUGUGAAUGAUCAGUAGACUGUCUGUGUGAAUGAUCAGUAGACUGUCUGUGUGAAUGAUCAGUAGACUGUCUGUGUGAAUGAUCAGUAGACUGUCUGUGUGAAUGAUCAGUAGACCAUGUCUGUGGUACGGCAGAAUGCCUCCUUCUGAAGCCAUAGAUAAGACCUUUUAUAUUUGUUGAAUACUAUUGCCUUAGGUGUUUGUUUAAAGAAGGCGUAUGACACAUGAACACUUGUAAACUAAACAUAUUUUAAGAAAUAACUUCUCAGGAUUUUUAGGCCUUAUUUUAUAUUUAAUAUAUUAAACUGUGAAUACAUUUGUA